AUGGCAGAUACCGAGAUGGACGUUGAUGCGCCUCUCUCCCCAGACCCAAAGCAAGAUACCAAGAAUGCCUCGAUGGCCACUCAUACGAAUGCGACUGCAGUUCGCUCUAUCGAAGGCUGGAUCGUUAUCGUUACCAACGUCCACGAGGAGGCUAGUGAAGAGGAUCUGAACGACUUGUUCGCAGAUUUUGGAGAGAUCAAGAACUUACACUUGAAUCUGGAUCGCAGAACGGGUUAUGUUAAGGGCUAUGCACUAAUCGAAUAUCCAACAUUGGACGAGGCACGAAAGGCGAUUGAUGGCGCGCACAAUACUAAGCUCUUGGAUCAGACGAUUGAGGUUGACUUCGCUUUCGUACGACCACCACCAGGCAAGGGUAGAGGGGGACGACCGCCGGCGAAGGGAAGAGCUAGAAGUCGAAGUCGCAGCCCGGGUGCUAGAGAUGAGGUUAUUGAAUGAAGGGAUGGCGAAGAUACCUGCAUUUCCAAAAGCUACAGCGUGUGCUUGGCCGAUGUGUCCAAUCUAGAGGCAUGUCGGCGUGUAAGAGAACGCCUCAAUGAGCGUCGAUAUCAAAAGUUGAUUCCCGAUUUCUUCUGAGAAUUCACCAUCUCGUGACUCCAUGUGUGUGGGAGAAUUGGAGGCAAGUAGGACACCUAUAUCUUCUGACUGGUGCAAUUUCGAUCUGGAGCGAUGCGUUGAUACCCGAAAAUUAUGGAGGAACAGAAGCGAUUGCAUACGUCCACACGACAUUGCACGACAUUGCACUUAUGGAAGCAUC